CGUAUUGAACAUAAUAAAGAUAAUUCGAUUAGAGGAAUAAAAUUAAACCUACUAGAUGACUUGGCUGGAAUGAACCUAAAUUCAACAUAUCAAAAUGACGUCCCUAAUGGAAUAAUUUAG